AUGAACGCCAAUGCCCAUGGCGAAUGCGACACAGCUCCAGGGCGCGCCUUGAAGAUGACGGACGAGGCAUUUACCACACCUCAAUCUUCCGUUGAGAUGAAACCGUCGCGGCAUCAUCAGACGAUUGUAAUCAAGCUCGGUACGAGCUCCAUCGUAGAUGAGAAAACUCAUGAACCGCUACUGCCUACUCUCACGUUGAUCGUCGAUACUGCCUUCAAGCUGAGGAAAAAUGGGCACAGAGUUGUUAUCGUAUCCUCGGGGGCUAUUGGGGUCGGGCUCCGGAGAAUGGAGGUUGAGAAGCGUCCGAAGCACUUGGCACAGCUGCAGGCCUUGGCAGCGAUUGGACAAUGCCGUCUUAUGAGUCUUUGGGAUACUUUGUUUGGCCACUUGUCGCAGCCUAUUGCUCAAAUCCUGUUGACCAGGAAUGACAUUGCAGACCGUACGAGAUAUUUGAACGCUCAGAAUACAGUAAAUCAGCUUCUGGAUAUGGGCGUGAUACCCAUUGUCAAUGAAAACGACACAGUCGCAGUUUCGGAAAUCAAGUUUGGCGACAACGAUACUCUGUCGGCAAUCACGGCAGCCAUGAUCCACGCCGAUCUGUUGUUCCUCAUGACGGAUGUCGACUGCCUGUACGACAAGAAUCCUCGAACGCACCCGGAUGCCAAACCCAUUGAAAUCGUGCAUGAUUUCUCUGUCCUAGAAGCAGAUGUGUCAAGCGCCGGCUCCGCAUUGGGGACCGGUGGAAUGAGCACCAAGAUCGUCGCCGCCAAGCUAGGCACGUUGGCGGGCGUGACCACGAUAAUCACCCGGUCUUCCAAUCCGGGAAACAUCCUCGGCAUUGUCCGCUACCUGCAUACGUUGAAGAUGGCCAACGGCGACCCGUCGUCCGUGUCUGAUUCGGAUGACCAGGGUCAACACAGCGGGAGCGAGCCUCCGUUGUCCCGUACCACAACCUCCUUGAACCUGACGGAUCCUUCCGUCAGUGUGGGCGACGGCGCUGCGCCUCCGCUACACACGCGGUUCUUGCCUUCAAGUGACCCCAUCUCGGAUCGCUACUUUUGGCUUCUGCACACUCCCCAACCACAUGGCACCCUGUUCAUUGACCAAGGGUGCCAUCGAGCCUUGUUAAACAAGGCUGGGUUGCUCCCCGUCGGUAUUGUCGGUAUCGCAGGCAAUUUCGCCCAGCACGAGGUUGUUCGGCUGGCCGUUGUCCAACGCAGGGAGACACCCAACGACGAGGGCCACAUGUGGGAUGGCGAACCUGUCGAGGUUGGCCGAGCCCUGGUGAACUAUGCCUCUGCGGAAAUCAUCAGAAUCAUGGGACACCAAAGCACUGACAUCCAGAGCAUCCUUGGAUACGCAGACAGUGAGUAUGUCGCGCAGCGUUCACACAUUGGCUUCUUUAGAAAGGACAGUCGACCUGCCACGCCUAUGAGCGACCUUCUCUGA